AUGAUUUCUUUUGUGAUGGGUACUCCUCAUUUCUGUGGUCAUGGGUGCACAGAAUCUCUAGAAGGUAGCCCGCAAGGGAAUACCUUCCUGCAGUCCAUUUUGAUUGAGCAUGGACUCGAUUCAAUACCUACGCAUUCCACGAACAAGCUCCACAAAACCGUUUACAAAACAGUCAACUUCCCAUGGAGUACCUUCCUGUGGUCCGUUUCGCAUGAGUGUGGACUUGAUUCGAUACCUACACAUUCCACAAACAAGCUCCAUGAAACCGUUUACAAAACGGUCAACCUCCCAUUGAGUACCUUCCUUUGGUCCAUUUUGCAUGGGUGUGGACUCAAUUCAAUACCUACACACUCCACAAACAUGCUCCACAAAGCCAUUUACAAAAUGGUUGAGUUCCCAUCCAGAGGCAAUGCAUUCAUUCAUCAGAGUCUGGAAGCCAGAUAG